AUUGCAUCUUGCAUGCCUGCAGUUUUCCAUGGAUCCUAUCUGCAUUGAAUAUUCCUUAUAAGCUCUGCCUUCACUUGCCCUCACUACUUCUUUCUCUCUCCCCUCUCCACCUCUUUAACCUUCUGCCUUCUACUUCUUCAACUAUGUUCAUUCACAACGUCCACUGUACUCCCGUCUCUUCUUAAAUACGCGCCACAUCCUUCAAUCGAUCCUCCCUCUCACCAACCAUCCUACACUUUUCUCAUCCAUCUCUGUCCCAAUGGCCGACUGCUGGCAACCUCAGCCCUCGUGGACUGGCUCCCACUGGUAUCAAGGCCAGCCAAGUCUACGCUCGUCAACCUUCCGUAACCUGGUGUCUGCCUUUCCCAGACCUAGACAGACUGGCCGAGUGACGAAACCCCGGAGCGCCGGCAACAGCCCGACCCAUACCGGGAGAAGGAGGACGACAGUGUCCAACAGCUCUCCCAUGUACCGUCACCUGCCGACUCAAAACUACCAAGCGCCCUAUGAUCCAGCUCUCCUGGCUGCCGCCUUUCAUCGAAACACGGCCACUCGACCAAUCAGCUGGCACCCGGCAUCGCUAGGGACCGCCACCUACCCGGAGAACUUCCCGACCACGGCUCACAAUGAUAUGGAGGUUAUGGGGAUGGCGUCGCAGCCACUGGAUGUUUCGCCGCCCGUCAUGACGAAUGCGAACAUGUUGCAACCAUACGCGCUCCCGAAUGUCCCGAUGUCGACUGAUGCGUGCUUCCCUGGCAUGCAAUAUACAACCUCCAUUCAACAACCAUCGCUCAUGGGAAUGAGUGAUCCAGUCGCAUGGGACACCAAUGAAGCUCACACGUCGAGCAUCAACCAGCCCAUGUCCGACAACUGGGCCUUCGAUAUGAUGUCCAUGAACAACAGUAUGCCUUCGGCCGACGUGGCGGGAUCCGGGUACGCGAGCGCUCCGUCGUCCGGUUGUUUAUCUGGACCCUCCACCCCCGACUUCCUCCCGAUCCAGCAGCCUGACGAUAACUCUCUCCCAUUAUCUGUCGCCACCGUUCCCAAGCCGAAAGCCGAGGAGGAACUAGUCGGAAUGGGUCUUUACAACCACCCCGAUUCCCUAUUUGAAACUUUUGAAGGUCUUUCGGGCAAAGGCCUCAAGCUAGAGGAGACCUUCACCCCUUCUGCGGAAAACGAGGCGGAUGACACCAAGGACGCUGAGAAUGAGGACGACGACGAACUGGACAUCGGCAAGGAACAAGUUUCGGUUCACAUUCCGCCGUCGGACUCUAAAUUGUACCACCCUGUCAAAUCGGCGGGAAACAUGAUGCACAAAUCAUUCUUCUUCGACGAUGACGACUUCGAUCAGCAAGCUGUUCCCGGAUCUCAGCAGAUCUUCAACCUGGGUCAGCCUUGCAUGAAUUACGGAUAUGGAUGGAUUUGAUCUGUCCGCGCUCAGUCUUUUACCUGCUUCACUUUGUACUUUGAUAUCUUUCAGCGAUGCAUAGCGUGGUGUUUUUGAGUUUUAUGGCGUUACUUUGUAUGAAUGGUAUACCCAAGGAUGGCUGUCUGAACAAUUUUAGCUUUUAGACUCGAGCAUUAGAAACUUUUGAUCAAUGUCACAAGAAAUAACCGAUGACGAAUUCCACUUGAAAAUAGUUCUCAGAUGUUGACGAUGCAGACCCCGAAACAUUCCA